AUGUGGAAGGCCCUGUUCUUUACAGGGCUGGCUUGCGUGCUGGCGGAGGAGGAGGGUCAAGAUGGCUCCUGCAUGCUGCAGGCCCAGGCGCACGGGGCUCACAAGGACAAAGUCGCGAUGGUCGAGGCAAAGCAGAUGAAGGCCGAGCUGGAGCACGCCUUGCAUCAGAAGAGUUGGAACAAGGGCUUCUGCAAAGGGGAGCCCCUCACGGAGUUCAACUUCAGUGGCUUCAGUCAUGGCACCGAGAUCAAGCCGGAUUCCGUGAAGGGCAUGACGAUCACGGCCACUCGCCGCGCCACACAGCCGGAGCCGGGCUUUGGCAAGCCUUGCCCGGGGCCCCUCCUGAUUUUGGACACGCGCGAGGAGUUCCGCAGCGUGGACAAGGACCUGCAGCGCUGCAAGGACUGCACCAUCGCCGUUUGGUCCAAGGACGGCAACCGGCGCAAGGUCAACGACUGCGGAGAGCAUCCGGGUGUGCUGAUCACCAUCACCUUCAAGAAACUCCAGAGCUUGGAUGAGGUGGAGCUCUGGGAUCUUGAGGAGCCCACCUUCGUGGAGCUCUACGGCACGAAGAACCGUCUGCUGAAGAACAUCUCCGCCCCCGAUGGCCCCGGUCAGGACGGCAACCCGGCGGUCCUGAAGCUCUUGACCACGCACGUGCGCACGAUGAAGAUGUAUUUGGGAGGCUCGGGAGGUCUGCGGCGAUUCACCACGUGCAGGGGUGGCAGCGUCUGGGGUGACCCCCACAUCUACACCCUGGACGGUGAGAAGUUCGACCUCUACGAGAGCGGCACCUACACCGUCUUCCAGUACUCCGGCCAGAAGCUCCAGGCUCCUAACGCGCCCAAGCACAAGGGAGCCAAGGGCCCCAAGGCUAAGGGAAGCCAUGCCAUGGUGGACUGGAAGCUCUACUCCCACUACGGCGGCCCCUUGUGGACGGCCCAGGGCCUGCUCCUCUUGGAUCACUCCGUGGGACGCUUCCGUCAGGCCCUGGAGCUCUCGAGCAAAGACUGCCAGUGGCGCAGCAAAACGGGGGAGGACGGCCACUGGGAGGUGCUGAAAAAACACGGCCACUCCUUGUCCCUCCUGGAGGAUGAGGAAUACGUCACGAGCUUCGAGUACGUCAACGAGAAGAAGAUCAUGCUGCGCAUGAACGGGGAGCGCGGGAAGAAGGACACCAUCGUCCUGAACACCGUCUGCAAGCCCAGCGGCAUCAACCUGCGCGUCAGCAUGCCGAACAUGGACGACAGCCAGUUCUUGGAGGGCCAGAUCCAGGUGGGCAACGGCGGCAAGCACAAGAAGAAGUUCCAGACGAACAUGGGCUGGGCGAAGUUGGGUGGCACUGCCGAAGCCGCCGACUUCCUCGAUCACCUGGAAACCAAGCAGACCUUCCUGGAAGGCCACGGCCACGGUAGCGAGGCUUCCUGUGAUGAGGCCGAGCGUGCCAAGGCUGAGAAGCUCUGCCAGAAGCAUCUUGGAGGGGAGAUGCGUGAGGCCGACGGCAUCAAUGCAGAGAUCUUCGAAGACUGUGUCUCCGACGUCUGCCAAGGAGGGGAGGAGUUUGCUGAAUCCGCGGCUGAGUUGCUGGCUGCCUAG